AUGCUGCAACCUCGGACAUGGGAUGCCCCUCGCAGGGGUCCAGGUAUAUGCUCCAUGAGAGGGAGUUGCGGAAAGACGAGCAUAUUUGGCGCUGAACUACCUUGUCCAGACGAUGACGAUGCUACGCCGCCUAGUAGUGAGCUCCUCCAGCUCAUGCGAUCAGUAUGCGGACCAGCCUUUGCUGCUCCUGAAGCUGUCUGCUGCACUCAAGACCAGCUUUCCACUCUAGGCGACAAGUUACAACAAGCGGCACCCCUGAUUGCUUCCUGUCCUGCUUGUAUCAAUAACUUCCGUUCUUUCUACUGCGACUUUACCUGCUCUCCGAAUCAAUCGACCUUUAUUUCUGUUCUUUCCACUCAAGAGACCACUGAUGGUCGUCAGGCGGUCAAAGAAGUCGACUAUGAAGUUAGCGACCAGUUCAAACAGGGGUUUUAUGACAGUUGCAAGGAUGUUCAAUUUGGAGCUACCAACGGAUUUUCCAUGGAUUUGAUCGGUGGAGGAGCAAAGAACGCAUCUGCUUUUCUCAAAUAUAUGGGAGAUGUCCGACCUGGAUUAGGUUCCCCAUUUCAGAUCAAUUUCCCGGACAAUGACGACAGUCAAUACACUCGACAACCAUUGAAAUGUUCCGACCCAGCACUUGCCGCUAGAUGCGCAUGCGCCGAUUGUCCUUCUAUAUGUCCUACCUUACCUUAUGUCCCACCUCCAACAGCAGGAAGAUGUACAGUCGGUGCUGUAUCCUGCCUCACAUUCUCUCUCCUCAUCAUUUACUCCGUUGCCAUACUUCUAGGACUCGUCUUCUUCUCUUGGAAACAAGCACUCCGACAUAGACAAAGAAGAUACGAACGUGUGGCCCUUUUAGAUCCUCCACUCUCACCCUCGACAUCUGGUCCCAACAAUGGUGUGGAAGGACUGAUUGGACGAGGUGACGAUGCGGAGUCUGGACCGAGUGGAUCUAUACAUUUUCGUCUAGGCAGAGGGGCUAGUCUGUUGGAUCCUAUGGAACAUCUCCAACCGAAACAAAACAAGAUCAAUGCUACUUUACGGCGCUUUUUCUAUCGUCUUGGUUUGACAUGCGCUCGACGACCUAUGGAGACUUUCGCCCUAGCUGCUGUAGUCAUAGCUGCUCUGAACAUCGGAUGGAAGUAUUUCCAAGUAGAGACCGAUCCUGUCAGAUUAUGGGUCGCACCAUCGAGCGAGAGUGCUACCGAGAAACACUUCUUCGACGAAACCUUUGGACCUUUCUAUCGAGACGAGCAAAUCUUCAUCACUGCCAAGCAAGGCACUCCUAUGACAUAUGACACGCUGGAAUGGUGGCUCAAUGUCGAGACAGAGAUUAUGCAGUUGAAAUCGCCCAGCGGGCAUACGCUGCAGGACGUUUGUUUCGCUCCUGCAGGCAAAGGAACGGCUUGUGUGGUACAGUCCAUCUCGGCAUGGCUGGGAGAUGACAUGGAACAGUGGGGAGAUCAAUGGAGAGAUAGAAUAUCGGAUUGUGCUGCCAGACCCGGAGAAUGUCUGCCACCUUUCGGGCAGCCCAUCCUACCUAAUUUGGUGUUGGGAGGUGGGGAUGGUGAUUGGCUCAACUCCAAAGCCUUCAUCAUUACUUACGUUGUGGACAAUUUCAAUGAUGAUCGUGUACUUCCUGCUGAAGAAUGGGAGAGGACCUUACGUGACUAUCUCGCCGGUCUAUCCAAAGAUGGAGUGACGAUCACGUAUUCUACAGGUAUCAGUCUGGAAGAGGAGCUCAACAAGUCGACAAACACCGAUAUGAAAAUAGUGGUACUCUCUUAUCUUGUCAUGUUUCUCUAUGUUUCUCUGACCCUCGGCGGCGGUAUCCCUCCAAGUCUGAUAGCUUCGACUUGCCGGAGCAUAUGGCGUGCAGCACAUAAAUUCGCCUCUACGGUUCAUCUAGUCGAAACGCCACCUCCAACGCCGACUCUCUCGGCCACCCUGACAGCUUCGGCGAUCCCUCGACUGUUGUCGGUCAACUCGAAAUUCUCAUUAGGACUUUUCGGAAUUUGUAUCGUCCUCAUCGCCGUCUCGUCAUCCGUUGGAUUGUUUUCGCUCCUAGGGGUCAGAGUCACACUCAUCAUAGCUGAGGUUAUUCCUUUCCUCGUGCUCGCCGUGGGUGUGGACAACGUUUUCAUCCUUGUUCACGAGCUUGAUCGACAAAAUGCUCUUCAUGCUGCUGAGGAUGAGUCGAUCGACUCCGACCAUCAAAGUCAGGUGCAGAGUCAUGGGGCUUCGCUUUCGGCAGAGGAAAGGGUUGCUCGAGCGGUAGCCAGGAUGGGUCCUAGUAUCCUUCUGAGUUCCGUGACAGAGACUGUGGCAUUUGGGUUGGGUGCAUUGGUUGGAAUGCCUGCCGUACGAAACUUUGCCAUCUAUGCGGCGGGUAGUGUGGUUUUAGGUGCAGUGAUGCAAGUCACUGUCUUUGUCAGUGCGAUGACAUUAGAUCUACGUCGAUCAGAGGCUAUGAGAAUGGACUGUUUCCCUUGUAUUCGUCUUCGACCUCCAAUAGGACUAUACGAUCGAUCACCUGUAUCUUCCGAAUCUCCACUCGCUAGAUUUUUCCGAAAACAUUACGCUCCUACUCUUCUUCGACCCGAAAUCAAGCAAGCCGUUGUUGCUUUAUUCGGCGCUCUGUUAUUGGUCUCCAUCAUCGGAAUGCAACAUAUCACCUUAGGUCUCGAUCAACGAUUAGCAUUACCUUCUUCUUCUCACCUCGUACCAUAUUUCAACGAUCUUGAUGCUUAUUUCGAUUUCGGUCCUCCUGUUUAUUUCGUCGCUCGUGAUGUUGAUCCUACCACUCGAACAGGUCAACAGAAGAUGUGUGGAAGAUUUACCACAUGUCUCGAAUUAAGUAUGGCAAACAUACUUGAAGCAGAACGUAAACGACCCGAAAGUAGUUUCCUAGCUACCCCUCCAUCCGUUUGGAUUGAUGAUUUUCUACAAUGGACAAAUCCUUCAUUCGAAUCAUGUUGUCGAGUCAAGAAAACCAGCCCUGAUCUAUUCUGUAACUCACAUGAUUCAGCAAGACAAUGUCGACCUUGUUUUCAAGAUGAAAAUUGGGAUAGUACAAUGUUAGGAUUUCCUGAAAAUGAAGAUUUCAUGAAAUAUCUUCAACAAUGGUUAUCAUCACCUACAAACGAAGAAUGUCCAUUAGGUGGUCAAUCAGCUUAUUCAACAAGUUUAAAAUUAUCAAAUUCGAAUGAUUCAAUUUUAUCAAGUCAUUUCAGAACCUAUCAUACUCCUCUAAAAUCUCAAGAAGAUUAUAUAAACGCAUUAGAAGCUUCAAGGAGGAUUUCCAAUGAAAUUUCACAUCAAACUGGAAUCAAAGUUUUCCCUUAUUCUUUAUUCUACGUUUUCUUUGAUCAAUAUUCUCACAUAAUCAAUACCGCUAUCAAACUUUUAUCAUUAGCGUUAAUAGCUAUUUUCAUCAUCACUUCAAUUUUGUUAGGAUCUUGGAGGACAGGAGGUAUAGUAACUUUUACAUGUGCUUUGGCGACUUCUACAGUUGUGGGUAUCAUGGGAUUUUGGGGGAUAAGUUUGAACGCUUUAAGUUUGGUAAAUUUGGUCAUAAGUGUAGGUAUUGCAGUCGAAUUUUCAAGUCAUGUGGCUAGAGCUUUUAUGGGUGCAGGAGGUGGUUGGGAAAAAGAUCAAAGAAGGGAAAGAGAUGAAAGAGCUAUUGCUGCUUUGGUAGAUGUUGGACCUUCGGUAUUCUCAGGAAUCACACUCACCAAACUUAUCGGAAUUUCCGUCCUUGCUCUCACUCGAUCAAAAUUACUCGAAACGUAUUAUUUCAGAAUGUGGCUUUCCCUCAUUAUAGCUGGUGCGACACAUGGCUUGAUACUAUUGCCUGUCUUAUUGAGUUAUCUGGGUGGACAGGGGUAUAGUUUAGAAGACACAGAUGAAGAAUGGGUGACUAGUCAAAUGAGAAGACCGAUGGACUAUGAAUAUGCUCCAUUUGCAGAUACCGACUCUAUGAUUUCUGAUCGAUAA